AUGGCGACUAGAAAAAGUUCCCGACUUCAGAAUGUAUCUGCUCAGAACCCUGUCGUUGAGGAGCCAAAUAUGAACGCUGUAGCGAAGAAAAGAAAGCUGAGUGCUCUAGCAUCAAAAGAGGAACCGAGGCCAAAAGAGAGUAAAAAAGGGGCAAAAAUGGUCAAGUCCAAGACCCUCCAAGCAGAAACAACGCUACCAGAAGCUCAAUUGGUCAACUUGUCUGGAAACCAGUUGUUCUCCUUACCAGUCGAGGUGUUGAAUAUGACAUUGGACAAUGUUAAAGACAUCCCAACUAUAAGUGCACUUGGGAGAACAUGCAAGAACAUGUAUACACUCAUGAUGCCCCGUCUGUACGGGCGUGUUAUGGUCUCCGCCCCAUAUCACGCUCACAUCGCCAAGGUCAUCCGUACCCUUGAACCCCAUCUCACCAUCGCCCAAAAGAAGCAGCUGAAGAAAGAAGGGAAAUACAAAGGUCAGCAGGAGAAAUAUCCAAAGGGACUGAAUGAGACGGCGAUACCGAUUUGUGCAAGUUAUGUGAAAGAGCUUCUUGUGGGAUAUUCGGACCCUGGAAAGAAACAUCGCUAUAUUGUAGAAAGAUAUAUUGAGGAGGCUCUGAAAAACAUGCGAAAUCUGGAAAUUGUGGAGGGAUUUCUUUAUACCGAAUCAAUCGGGAAAAGCAUUGCAGCAUUGAAGAGCUUGAAAGCACUGUCUUUGAAUUCAAGCAGAAGUGAAGGUGAAACAUUGAAGCCCUUGUUCGCGAUCAAGAAUGUACGACAUCUGAACCUCCGAUCCUAUUCCAACUUCGGCCAAAAUAGCCUUGGCAUGCUCACGAGCAAAAUUCUCCAAAAUUCAUCGGACACCCUUGAAGGCUUGGUAAUGGAGUCUGGUAAUUUAUUCGAACAAUGGGACGACAAGUUCAAUGAUGUUGACAGCCAUUAUCUCAAAAAUCUGAAAAGUUUGUCUAUACAAGGUAUCGAGGUUGAUGAGAGAGUUCUUCAGGCUCUAGAAAGAGGUAUCGACUUCAUACGCUUACGCGAACUCGAAAUUGUUCAUUUUGACGACACCGAAUCCCUACUUUUUCAGCAUCUGACAAACUUGACCACACUAGCGAACAGCAAAAACAUCGGCAUAGGUCUGCGUACCCUGCACCUAAGGAUGUCUGACCAGAGCUAUGGACGCACACCAGAACAAAAGGCUCUCGGUUUCCGAACCAAGUGCGACUUCGUACGAUCAUUCAAUACACUCACCAGCUUAGAGUUAUCGGAUUACGGAGUUUACCCGUCUUCUCAUCCGAUCAAUCCGGGUCUUGCACGUCCUCUUUUAGAAGGCAUUCUCAAACACAAGCAUCUCCGAACUCUGAAGAUCCCAUAUGCAGGAAGUUCUAGUGGCUUCUCAAUUCCAUAUUUGUCCGGCGCCGAAGUUGGCGCUCUCAUCGAUGGCCUGCCUGAAUUAAGAGAACUAAACAUCGCUCCGGUGGAAGCGCAGAUUGAUGAAAUCAGUGCCGCCCUUUCCAAAGGAAAGAACCUUGAAACCAUCACUCUCUUCCCCCACGAAUCAUGGGGCAGAUAUCCCAUGCCGGAUAAUCUCGGCGUGAACAUAAUCAAGAGUAUCUUGAAAGCGUUCCUGAACCGCUCUGCCACUUAUUCCAACGAAAGGUUUGAUUGGGAUCGGCACUGUCGGUUGAGAAGCGUAUCGCUCGGUUGGAUAGCCUGGGACAUUGCAUCCGAGUUUGAGAAGAAGAGAGGCGGGAAGAAAGUCGAGACGGUGAGUGUUGGGGAGGGCGCAGAUAAAAGGGUAGUGUAUUAUCGGGAUGCUAAUAUCAGAGGAGGUAAGAACCAUGAUAUGUAUGCUCCAAGGACUGAUUGGGUUGAUAAGGUUGCGCGGGAGAUGAGAUGGGGUUGA